AUGUCCGUCACCGCCACCACUUGGGCCCCCCUCGACCUCCCCGCGUCGGGCAAGCUCCCGUUCACGGACUACACCCGCUGGCGGCUCCGCUGCUCGCCGUACGGCGACCACACGUGGCACUACCUCCCUCCCUCUGCGUCCCCGGAGCCGCAGCCGGAGUGCGACCGGUACUGGCUCGGGCUCGAGGAGGCGCAGCGCACGGCCCCGACGCUGCCGCCCGCGGCGACCCCGCUCGACGCCGCGCGGAACGGGUACCGGUACUUCGAACGACUCCAGGUCGCGGACGGGCACUGGCCGGGGGAGUACGGGGGGCCGAUGUUCCUCAUCCCAGGCCUGGUGAUCGGCUCGUACGUGACGGGGGCCGGCUUCAAGACGGAGGAGAGGAUGGAGAUGGUGCGGUACUUGUUCAACCACCAGAACGAGGACGGGGGCUGGGGGAUCCACAUCGAAGGCCCAAGCACCGUCUUCGGCACAGCGCUCAACUACUGCGCUGCCCGCCUCCUCGGCUUGAAGCCGGACCACCCUGUCGCGCUCCGCGCUCGUGCGUGCCUGCAUAAGCUCGGGGGCGCUACAGGCAUCCCGUCCUGGGGCAAGUUCUGGCUGUCGAUCCUGAACGUCUACGACUGGGACGGAAACCACCCUGUCCCGACGGAGCUCUGGUUGCUGCCUGAUUGGGUGCCUAUCCACCCGCACCGGUGGUGGAUCCACACGCGGAACGUGUACAUUCCGAUGGGGUACCUAUACGGCGUCCGGUUCAAAGCGGAGGAGACCGAUCUCGUUCUUGCCCUGCGAGAGGAACUGUACACCCAAAACUAUUACUCGAUCGACUGGCCUGCUCAACGCAGCUACGUCAACCCCGUCGACCUGUACACGCCUCACACGAUGGUUCUCGAGGGCCUGUACAAGAUCCUGGACACAUAUGAAAGCUGCCCCUUCCCACCUCUUCGUCGCGCCGGGAUCCGCCGGGCGUACGAGCUCUGCGUCCUCGAGGACGAGAACACCGACUGCCAAAAUCUCGGUCCGGUGAACAAAAUGAUGAACCACAUUGUCCGCUUUCACGCCGACGGCCCCGAGAGCGAGGCUUUCAAGAAGCACUGCGACCGCCGCGCCGAUUUCAUGUGGAUGGGCCAGGAGGGCAUGAUGAUGUGCGGCACCAAUGGCUCGCAGCUCUGGGACAUCGCGUUCACCGCGCAGGCGCUCAUCGAGACGGGGCUCGGUGCGGAGCCCGAGUUCCGCGCGAGCCUCGUCAAGGCUCUCGAAUGGCUCGACAUCUGUCAGAUCCGAGAGAAUCCGAAACACCACCAGAGCGCGUACCGCCAGGCGACCAAAGGGGCGUGGCCGUUCAGCACUCGGACGCAGGGCUACACGGUCAGCGACUGCACGGGUGAAGGUCUCAAGGCUGUGCUCUACAUUCAAGAGCAUCUCAGGGACGCACCAAAACUCAUUUCGGAGCGGCGCCUCUGCGAUGCAGUGGACAUUAUGUUAGACCUCCAGAACUCGGACGGUGGCUUCGCGAGCUAUGAGCUCAUCCGUGCUCCUCAAGCUAUGGAGUACAUCAAUCCUGCCGAGGUUUUCGGAAACAUCAUGACGGAAUUCAACUAUCCCGAGUGCACGACUUCCGUAAUCACCGCCCUAGCUAUCUUCCGCAAGCACUACCCUCACUAUCGGAAAGGCGACAUCCAAACUGUGAUAACGAAGGCCGUUGAGUAUCUGCACAAGUGCCAGCGGCCGGAGGGUCCGUGGUUCGGGUCGUGGGGCAUAUGUUUCACAUAUGCGACCCAGUUCGCUCUCGAGUCUCUUUCGCUCGUCGGCGAGACCUACAGCACAAGCGCAGCAGCCCGCCGCGCGUGCGAUUUCUUGGUGUCGAAGCAGCGCUCUGACGGCGGCUGGGGGGAAAGCUACAAGGCGAGUUUACGCCUGCUUGCGUGGGUGGAGCACGAGCAGACGCAGGUCACGCAGACGAACUGGGCCGUCAUGGCGCUCAUGUACGCUCAAUACCCGCACCCUGAACCUAUUGAGCGCGGCGUGCGCCUCGUGAUGUCGCGCCAGCGGCCGGAUGGGUCGUGGCCACAGGAGGCGAUCGAGGGUGUAUUCAACAAAAACGUGGCGAUUUCAUACCCCAACUUCAAGUUCUCGUUCUCCAUCUGGAUGCUCGGCCGCGCCCAGCGCUACCUCGACGAGCUUAAGGCCGGCAAGGUUUAG